AUGCUGGGUACUCGCUUUCACGAUGAUGUACAUAUGGGUGGCCGAGGGCAAUUCGGCAAGACGCCUGGUCGGAUGAAUACCAAUGCCAGGAAAGAAAAUCCCGGUGGACUUCAAGCAACAGUUAGAGGAAAGGGGGGCUUGGGGGGAACUUCAAAAACGCCCGGAUUCAACGGUGCUGGUCCACUGGAGCCAAAAAGCUUGUUCAAGGAUGGGAAGGUCACUGUGCAACAAGCACAAUCUAUCAGCAAGGCCUUCGCUCUACUUGACAAGACUAAUAAAACACCUCAUGUCAAGUCACGCAAACUAGUGUCAACUAUGACGCCUGUUGCUGGCUCGGCCAAGAAAUCCAACUUAAAACUGUCAUUUACACCUGCGCCACCACAAGUUACCGACGAUGCCUCAAAGGCUACAGUUCGUCGUCCAAGUGCUGCACGGCUUAGUAUACGUGCCCCUCGCUCUGGAAAUUUCCAAACGCCCGAUGCACGUGGGCGACCAGCCCAUUGGGAUGUUGGCGAUAUAGGCCCUGAUAUGGAUGAAGGUGUUCAGCUAUCCAACGACAUUGAGGCUAAAGUACGACAGGUUCAAGACGAAGAAGAAGAGCUUGAGUACAUGCCUCCAACUGCAAUUGAUGAGAUUAAUGUGUUGAACGCAAUCCGGGACGAGGGCAUUAUCGAUGCUCGCUUUGACCUACCUUCGUCUCAUGAUUUAAGUAUCCUUGACCCUCCUGAGGACAAUCCCUUCCCCGUUCGUAUCUCAUUCGCUGAUUCUAAGAAGCCAGAGACUCGGGGCCGUUCAGCGUCAGUAUCAGCGCGCAGUGGGAUGAGCGGCAUUGUUAGAGCUAGACCAGCAUCGGUGGCCGAUGUCAGAACGGAUAACAUUUCCAGGGCCCCUUCUCGAACCUCCAGCCGACCUGGUUCCACUGUUCCUCCCCGUACCAAUCCUGCCAUCAGUGCCCGCUCGACGUCAACUGUUCCGUCCAAGUUCGAUGUUUCUAGUGGGCGGCCGGGUGAAAACACUGUGCGUCGACCAGGCACGUCGCUUGGAAUACGUUCAGGAGAGAGUACGGCCCGAAUUGCCGGGAAAAUGGUAGUACCAAGACGUACGGAUGCCAAGGUUACAGGUCAUCCGGCACCCCAAACACAUUUGGUAGAAGCACUAACUAUACCUGUUGACGGGUCUGCUUUGGAUGACGAUUUCCUAUUUGAAGUAUAA